UUUUUUUUUUCUUCCUCUUCCUAUCUAGAUCAUUGGACAAAAGGAAACUUUUUUUACAAACAUGGCAUACACAGAAACUGCUGUCAAACGAAAGGAAGGACCUGAAGUCCAUACUGAACAACCAAAGAAAUCCAAAAUAGAAUCUCGAAAGGAACAAAAGAAUACUCGUUUGGAACGCAAAGCACAUGAUCGUAGUUUUGAUAUGAUUACUGAAGCUAAAAAAGUGUGGGAACAAUUACGACGUGGUGAUAUCAAAAGAGAAGAACAAAAGCAAUUAAUGGAAAAAAUGAUGUCUAUUAUUCAAGGACGUGUACAAGACGUUAUUUUCAAACAUGAUGCUUCUCGUAUUAUUCAAACCUGUUUGAAGAAGGGUAAUGGUGAACAACGUAAUCAAAUCACAGAAGAACUCAAGGGAAAAUAUGAAACUUUGGCAAAAUCUAUGUAUGGCAAGUUUAUUGUUCUUAAGGCCUUAGAAUAUUGUCAUUGGCAAAGAGAUAGUAUCUUAUCCGAAUUCCGUACUCAUGUUCGCAAAAUGAUUCGACACAAGGAAGCAUCGGCAGUGAUUGAAGGAUUUUAUGCUCAAUUCUCAACGGCAGCACAACGAAAUGAAUUAUUGGCGGAAUUCUAUGGUCCUGAAAUGACAUUGUUCAAUCAUGGUGGAGCCAGCAAAUCUUUGGAGGCUCUUUUGGAAACUAUGCCUGAAAAAAAGGAACCAGUACUCAAGUAUAUGUAUGAUGUAUUGAAGGGAUGUCUUGACAAGGGAACAUUGGUCCACAGUAUUGUUCACAAGCCAUUAUUACAAUUCUUGACUUUGGCGGAUGCAAAGAGUCGUGAUGAAUUAAUGUCUUUGCUCAGGGAUAAUCUUCAAGAUAUGGUACACACUCGUGAGGGCGCUCGCGUUGCCAUGCUUUGCUUAUCAUAUUCGACUCCAAAGGAUAAGAAAACUAUUAUCAAGGCCUUCAAACCCUUCCUCAGCAAGAUUGCUCAAGAUGAAUAUGGAUACCUUGUAUUAUUACGUUUAGUAGAUGUGACGGAUGAUACCGUUUUGGUUUCAAAGGCGGUUGUGGAUGAACUUUGCAAGCACGCCAAAGAAUUGUUUGCUGAUAAGUUUGGUCGUCGAUUCUUUUUAUACAUCUUGACUGGACGAAAUACCCGGUACUUAUCUUCCGAAACUGUACAACAAUUGAUAGCAGGUGAUGAAAUCAGUACUAGCAAGAAAGAUCUCAAAGUCAAGGCUAGCGAAUUGUUGAAUGCCUGCUCUCCUUCUUUAAUUAAAAUGGUGAAGAAUGAUGCUGCUGUCUUGAUGAGGGAAAAAUUAUCUUCUCAAGUUGUACAAGAAAUCAUGCUUCAUGCUGUUGGUGACAAAUCGGAAGCCAUCGAUGCUAUUUUGGAAUUGGCUGGUGAAAACAUUGAAAAGGAAAAUCAUGUGAUGGAACAUCGAUUUGCCAAUCGUAUCAUCAAGGCUAUGGUGAAAGCUGAUUCAUCAGAAACUGAAAAUGAUAAAGCUGUGGAACCUUUAGAAUUUGCACCCAAAUUGUUAGAGGUGAUCCGACCCAAUUUGACUCAUUUUGCUACGAAUUUUGGUAGCUUUGUUGUACUCGCUCUUGCUGAAGAACCAUCCACUGCCAAAGAAGUCAAGAAUGUGCUCAAGAAAUCAAAGAAAGAUAUCAAACAAGCAGCUGAUGAUAAGAAUGUUGGUGCUGAAAAACUAUUGGCUUUACUUUAGUGUGAUAGAUAGUUUCUUAUUUGUUAUAUAGAAUCGAUUCAUCUUUUUUUUUUUUUAUUAUUUUAUAUUUUUUUUACAUCUGGUUAUAUUCUAC